AUGAAUAGAUUCUUUUUCACAGGACAAGCCACUCCUCUAGAAAACAGCGAAUUCGAUGACGAGUACACUCUCAAAGUACCCUCGGAAGAUGAAGUCAGAAUUGUGGCUAUUAGAUUAAGAAAUUGCCAAUAUUUUCUGACAGGUGUAGAUGUUUGCAGAGAAAAAAUCUUCAGAAAGCACGUUGAAGAUUAAAAGGCCACUCCCAAUGGUUUCUUGCCCUGCAAACCACUCGUAGAUAGCUAUUAUUAUUGCAUUUCAUAAGGAUCAUACGGAUAAUCAGUCUCAGACGCCCCAACUGAAGCAUAAGAUAAUCUAUAAAAAUUUCAAAGCUGCUUAUUCAACAAAUUGAAUCCAGCCAACUAUUGUAAAGGAUUCGCAAGUAAAGCAGUCAGAGAUUUGUAUCAUCUCCCAGGCACCAAAAUUAAGGAUACAACAAUUUGAUUACGCAUAAUCCAUAAUAACAAUAAAAAAAUCAAAACUAAAAUUAUUUAAA